UCCUCACUACAACUGCUCAACUGCAGAAAUCCACAGUAUACGUACGGACACUGUAUAAAAUACACUAUACAUACAGAACGCUGUAUCUAUACAUUUCUACGCUACCACGAUGACGAAGGAGGUGAGCGAGCACGGCUCCUUCGGAGCGAAGGACUACCACGAUCCGCCGCCGGCGCCGCUGAUAGAUGCGGAGGAGCUAACCAAGUGGUCGUUUUACAGAGCUUUGAUCGCGGAAUUUAUAGCGACUCUGCUUUUCCUGUACGUGACUGUUUUAACGGUAAUCGGUUACAAGAGCCAAUCGUCGGCCGACGAGUGCGGCGGCGUGGGGAUCCUCGGCAUUGCGUGGGCGUUCGGAGGCAUGAUCUUCGUUCUCGUCUACUGCACCGCCGGAAUUUCAGGUGGUCACAUCAAUCCAGCUGUCACGUUAGGGUUGUUCCUCGCGAGGAAAGUGUCUCUGGUGAGAGCGGUUAUGUAUAUGGUGGCGCAGUGUUUAGGAGCGAUUUGUGGAGUCGGUUUGGUGAAGGCGUUUCAGAAAUCGUACUACAAAAGGUACGGCGGAGGCGCUAAUCUCCUCGCCGACGGCUACAGCACCGGCGUCGGACUAGGCGCGGAGAUUAUCGGCACGUUUGUGCUUGUAUACACCGUCUUCUCCGCCACCGACCCCAAAAGGAGCGCCAGAGACUCUCAUAUCCCUGUGCUGGCGCCGCUUCCGAUCGGAUUCGCGGUGUUCAUGGUGCAUCUGGCCACCAUUCCGAUUACCGGCACCGGCAUCAAUCCUGCAAGGAGCCUUGGAGCUGCAGUCAUCUUCAAUGAUGACAAGGCUUGGGAUGAUCAAUGGAUAUUCUGGGUAGGACCAUUCAUAGGGGCAGCCAUUGCAGCAUUCUACCAUCAGUUCAUAUUGAGGGCUGGUGCAGUUAAAGCCUUGGGAUCAUUCAGGAGUGCUUCUCAGGUUUGAUUUAUUAUUAUCAUUUGAAGAACCAAUCUGUUUGUCCUUUUUGCUUUUUUUUUUUUU